UUGGACUCAUAAAGGAAAAAAAAACGAAAGAGAAAAUCUGUUCACCCUUUUUUCCUUCUCUCGCAAACCCCGUCGACUUUGGUUUCUCUUUCAAAUCCACCAUAACCAACUAUCACUUUUUCUCUGAUUCACCGCUCAGAUUAAAUAAAAAGACGCGAAGGGAUUGUCAGGUUCAUGGUGGUUGAUUUGAUUAUUUCUUAAUAAGUUAAUUUUUAGUAUCUAGUGAAAAUGCCGGGGGUAAUGCCAAUAUUGCCCCUUCCGGCACCGCCUUCUGAUGGAGAUUUAGGGCCCUUACCUCCAUCUCAAGUUCCGGAAGCACAAAAUGAAGAGAUUCCAACAAAUGAGGAACAGAACAAAGCCAACUCAGUUGCAACCCACACUAGAACUAUUGGAAUAAUUCAUCCUCCUCCUGAUAUAAGGAAUAUUGUUGAUAAAACUGCUCAGUUUGUUGCCAAAAACGGACCGGAAUUCGAAAAAAGAAUCAUUGCUAAUAACGCUAACAAUGUUAAGUUCAAUUUCUUGACUAGUUCGGAUCCCUACCAUGCUUAUUAUCAACAUAGGUUGUCUGAGUUUCGUGCUCAGAAUCAGAACCAGUCCAACUCUCAACAGCAGCAACCGCCUUCGCAGCCUGCUGAUUCUGGUCCAACUGAGUCUGCGCCAACUGCAGCUGCCGAUGGGAAUGAUGCUGCAGCAGCAGUAGCUAAGCUUGAUCCUGCUGCACAGUUUAGAUUGCCUGUGAGGAAGAAUCUUGAACCACCGGAAGCUGCUCAAUAUACUGUUAGACUACCUGAAGGAAUUACAGGGGAAGAGCUGGAUAUUAUUAAGCUGACUGCGCAGUUUGUUGCUCGAAAUGGGAAAUCAUUCUUGACAGGAUUGACUAGUAGGGAGAUUAAUAAUCCUCAGUUCAAUUUUUUAAGGCCAACUCAUAGUAUGUUUACCUUUUUCACUGAACUUGCUGAUGCAUAUUCCAAAGUGUUGAUGCCUCCUAAGGGUUUGACGGAGAAGUUGAGGAAGAGUGUUUUUGAUAUGACAACUGUGCUUGAGAGGUGUUUGCACCGGCUGGAAUGGGAACGCUCACAGGAGCAAGCAAGGCAGAAAGCUGAGGAUGAAAUUGAGCAGGAGAGAAUGCAAAUGGCAAUGAUCGAUUGGCAUGAUUUUGUUGUGGUUGAGACCAUAGACUUUGCUGAUGAUGAGGAUGAGGACUUACCUCCUCCAAUGACGAUUGAGGAGGUUGUAAGGAGGAGCAAGAUAUCUGCUAUGGAAGAAGAUGAAAUUGUUGAGCCUGGAAAGGAGGUGGAAAUGGAAAUGGAUGAAGAAGAGGUACAGCUUGUUGAGGAAGGCAUGAGAGCUGCUAGCAUCGAAGAGAAUGAUGGUGAAAAGAAAGAUAUAAGGGCAAAUGAGGAACCAGAACCACCAAUGAGAAUUGUGAAAAACUGGAAGAGGCCUGAGGAGAGAAUCCCUGCUGAAAGAGAUGCUACCAAGUUUGUUGUUUCACCAAUAACUGGUGAGCUAAUUCCCAUUAAUGAGAUGUCGGAGCACAUGAGAAUUUCCUUAAUUGAUCCCAAGUACAAGGAGCAGAAAGAAAGGAUGUUUGCAAAGAUUAGGGAGACAACUCUUGCUCAGGAUGAUGAGAUAUCAAGAAACAUAGUCGGACUUGCACGCACACGUCCUGAUAUCUUUGGUACCACUGAGGAAGAAGUUUCUAAUGCUGUCAAGGCAGAGAUUGAGAAAAAGAAAGAUGAGCAACCAAAACAGAUUAUAUGGGAUGGUCAUACUGGAAGUAUUGGACGUACUGCAAAUCAGGCUAUGUCUCAAACUAUCAUGGGAGAGGAUCAAAAUGAUGCUGCCAACAACGAUGCACAGAACCUUCCUGGUCCCGCUGCUCCUCCUCCUCGACCUGGCAUUCCAUCAGUUCGUCCCCUGCCCCCACCACCUGGACUAGCUUUGAAUCUCCCUCGUGUUCCUCCAAACGCUCCCCAAUAUUCUGCAGCAUCUAGUGGUGGGCUUCCUAUGCCAUUACCUCAACCUCGUCCAAUGAGUGUUCCAAUGAUGCCGUCAAUUCGUCCACCACCACCUCCAAUGCAGAUGGCACCUGGCCAACCACCCAUGAUGAUGAAUCGACCACCACAAAUGCUUCCAUCAAUGUCCAUGAACCCAGCUAAUAUUUCCGUGCCCCCUCCACCAGGAUCUCAGUUUACCCCCGUCUCUGUUCCUCGACCCUUUGCCCCUUUUCCUGUUCCUCCACCUGCUAUGCCUAUGAUACAGCCACCUCCACCUUUGCCCCAAGGAAUGCCGCCUCCACCACCACCUGAAGAUGCUCCUCCACCACUUCCUGAUGAACCAGAACCAAAGAGACAAAAGCUUGAUGAUUCCAUGCUUGUUCCAGAAGAUCAGUUCCUUGCUCAACGUCCAGGACCUGCUUGCAUUACUGUCUCUGUUCCCAACCUUGAUGAAGGAAAUCUCAAAGGACAACUUCUUGAGAUCACAGUGCAGGCCUUAUCAGAAACAGUUGGCAGUUUGAAGGAGAAAAUUGCGGGGGAGAUCCAGCUUCCUGCAAACAAACAGAAAUUGAGUGGAAAAGCUGGGUUUCUGAAGGACAAUAUGACCCUUGCAUAUUACAAUGUUGGAGCAGGAGAAACGCUUGCUCUUUCAUUGAGGGAGCGUGGUGGUAGGAAGAGAUCUGGCAUUUUGGCGAGCCUCAGGGCAAAUGGAAGUAGAGGAAUCCUUUUACUUAGGGAGACAAAAAAGCUAUUUGUUUGGACUUUUGGACCCUGGUAUGUACAACCUGUCACAGGUGUUCUAGGACCGCUGAUACAGCAUAGGCUGGCUGGUUGCAAGAUGGAGGUUCAUAGAAUUUAUGGUUAACAAUGGUGCUUUUGCUAUUUUGUAUCCUUUUUUUCUUCAAUACAGCAUUGGACCUUUUUACUUGCACUAUGGGCAAUUUGAUUUACC